UCCUCCCUCGCUGUCAGUUGUUGGAAAAGGCGAUUCGCUGAAUUUAGCGCAAUUCUAGGUUUCUUCCUUUCCCACGUUAUGGCGGAUUCUUCGGGUCCAUCCCAUUUAAAACUUGGGAAUUAUAUUCAGAUGUAAAGCUUUUCACUUGGCAGAGAUAUAUUGGCUUAAAUGGGCAAAGAAAAACAUUAUCUGUAUUCAACACUACAAGACUGCCCAAAAGAGCACUGGGAGAAGACUAUUAAGUGCAUAUUAGCCUACGAUUAUGGAAAAAGAACUGCCCAGUGUGCUGAUCUCUGGAAUAGGCGGUACAUCUGGUGUAUUAGAAAGCCAUGUAGAGUUUCUCAAGAAGCAUUUUAAUCUCAUCACCAUGAAGGAAUUUCAGAAAAGCAAAGAACUCCAUGAAAAGAUCAAAUCUGUUUUUGUAUUUGAGCGUCUUCCAGUCAUUGACCAGGAGCUUCUUGAAAGCCUGCCCAAUUUAAAGGUGAUUGGAAACUCAGGAGUAGGAGUGAAUCAUUUGAAUCUGAAAUUAAUUGGUAGCUUUGGCGUUAAAGUGACCAAUACUCCGCAUGCUGUUUCUGAUUCUACUGCGGACAUUGGGAUGGCAUUAAUGCUAGCAUCUGCCAGAAGAUUAGUUGAAGGUUGUUAUCUGGCAACAUCUCCAGAUACUACCCAUUUUGCUGUUAAUUGGCUAGGAGUAGAAGUCAGCAGGGCCACUCUUGGUAUCAUUGGAAUGGGCAACAUUGGUUAUAAAGUAGCCAAGAGGGCAAAGGCUUUUGACAUGAAGAUUCUCUAUCACAAUAGGAACCAGAGAAAAGAGGAAGAAGAACAAGAGGUUGGUGCCACGUAUUGUAAAAACAUAGAUGACUUGCUUCGACAGUCUGAUUUUGUGAUGCUGGUUGUAAAUUUGACAUCAGAGACCCACAAUCUCAUAGGAAAAAGAGAGCUAGAAUUGAUGAAACCCACAGCCACGCUCAUCAAUAUCUGCAGAGGUGCAGUUGUUGACCAGGAUGCAUUGGUAGAAGCACUCCAGAAUAAGAUUAUUAAGGCUGUAGCUCUGGAUGUGACCUACCCUGAGCCAUUGCCAAGAGAUCACUUGCUAUUGCAGAUGAAAAACGUCAUCAUAACACCCCACAUUGGCACUGCUACAGACCAAGCCCUGCACAUGAUGACAGAAGAAGCAGUGGAAAACAUCCUGGCAGUUCUCAAUGAUCUUCCCAUUCCUAGUGAAGUGAUCUCCAAAUGACCUGAUGGAGAACAUACAAAAAAAAAAUUAUGAAUUAUCAAGAACAGGACAUUAACCUCUGAGAAUCAUGACAGAUAGCCAGACAACAUAUUCCUAUCAAUUUCAAAAUGUGUGACUGUGAUUAUUUUUUGUAGUUGAAUUAAUUCUCUAAGCCACCCAGAGUCACUUUGAAACAAAACAGAUGGCAAAUAAAUUUGAUAAAAUAAAUAAAUAAAAUAUCAUUGGAAAAAAGUUUGUUCUGAGGUUUUUGAUCAUGGUGAUUGGGUUUCUGAUUCCUUCAUCCUUUUAUCUCUAGCAAACAGAUACACCUCUUUGGAAAAUGAGAACAACAAAUUCAGAAGAGUUAAGGUUUAGGGCUCUGUUGAACAUCCCAUCAAGGUUCAAACAUAAAAAAAUUUGAAUAGUUCUACCAUAGAAAUAUUAUUUGAGAUUGUUAUUUUCAUGUUUGAAAAGAUCUUUCUCCUGCAUUCUUAAUCUGCAGAUAAUUGUUGCAGUUUUUUGACAAUUACAUGAAGAAGAGAGCACAACCCAAAUAUAACAAACGGUGCUGCCUUGCCCAUUUGGUUUGCUAGACUAGAUGAGAGAUUACUUAGAAAUGUCAAAUGUUAUUCACCCACAUUUAUUGAAUAAAACCCAGUUGACUGAGUUCAUACAACCCAUUAAUCCAUAUACAUAUGAUUAACUAGUUGCUAUGGUUGAAUUGAAAUAAAAACAAGCAAAACACAAUAUUGCCAAACAUAAUUGUGAAUCAAGACAUAGUUUUCUGAUCUUGACUAGAAAGUGGUGACUGCUGAAGCUUUCAAAUUUUUCAUGACAUU